ACCUUAUCCCUCCCUACCCUCUUCCUCUGCCACCACCACUCGAGGAGCCUCCUCGGUGUCUCCCGAUCCGCCGCCGCCGCCUUCUCCGGCGAUCCGGCAGCCGCAUCCUGAACGCUCGCCUUCCCGUUGCCCCCGCCGCCUCGCCGCGGCGCCCUCACCGCCGCCCAGGCCUGACCUCCAAACCCGGGAAGCCACCCUCUCCUCCAUCCAUGGCGUCCGCCGCCGCCACCUCGUCGUCGGCGUCCCUUCGCCUCCUCACCAAGCCCCCCAAGCCCCUCCUCUCCAAGCCCCACCUCCUCACCCUCUGCGCCCCGGUCUCCUUCCAGCGCCUCGUCGCCAGGUCCAGCGCGUCGCCGACCCCGUCCCCCUCCGCCGCCGCCGCCGCCGCCGCCGCCUCGGGCUCCGGGGUCGAUCCGGCGCAGCUUCCCCCGGCGCUGCGCGACAUCGUGGCGCUCUUCCAGUCCGUGCCGGACCCGCGCACACGGUACAAGCAGCUCCUCGCCUACGCCGCGCGGCUGCCGCCCAUGGACCCGGCGCUCAAGACCGACGCCAACCGCGUCCGGGGAUGCGUCUCCCAGGUCUGGGUCCACGCUGCGCCGGAGGAGGGCGGCGCGCCGGGCAGGGUCAGCUUCCAGGCCGACUCCGACGCGCAGCUCACCAAGGGCCUCGCCGCGCUGCUCGUGCUCGGCCUCUCCGGCGCGCCGGCGCGGGAUGUCGCCAUGGUGCCCGUCGAGUUCAUCGAGCUGCUUGGGAUCAGGCAGAGCCUCUCGCCGUCCAGGAACAGCGGCCUGCUCAACAUGCUCAGCCUCAUGAAGCGCAAGGCCCUGGAGGUUGCCACCGGUGAGGUAACCACUGAGGAAAUUGGCAGCCAAGAAGUGGUCCAAGAGGUCGCUGAACGGCCUGCUGCGAAGGAGAAGGAACCCGAGUUUGCGGCUUUCGGUGCGCGAGAAGAAGAGGGUUCAGAGGUGCAUAGCCCACAGGAGGAACAAUUGGAGGAAAUGCCAGCUGAUGUGAUGGAAGGGAAUGGUGGUUUGGGGGGUGGGAGGCAGGAGAGGAUAAAGGAGAGCCUUGAGCGCGGGCUUUCGCCGGUGCAGCUCCAGAUCGAGGACAUAUCGCACCUCCAUAAGGGUCAUGCUGGGGUGUCAGGAAGCAAUGGCGAGACGCAUUUUAAUGUUCGGGUGGUCUCAGAGGCGUUUCAGGGGAAGAGCCUGCUCAAGAGGCACAGGGCUGUGUAUGAUCUUCUGCAAGAUGAGCUCAAGAAUGGGUUGCAUGCGCUCUCCAUUGAUGCAAAGACACCAUCAGAAGUCUAGGAGCUGACAGGAUACAAUGUAGAUAUAUUGGAGUUCACAGCUACCUGGAAUGCUUAAUUCCUUAUGUAAUAUAUAGUUUUCUGUAUGCUGCAAAUUCUAUGUUGUGCAUAAGUUAAACCAUGUUGGAAUGCUUGUAUGGAAACAGUUCUAUGCAAAGCUUGGAUGUCUCCACUGAUAAUGUUCUCUCAAA